AUGUCAGACAACAGCGCUGCUGUCAAUAACGGUACUUUGAUAGACCCCCAAAGAAACCAGCCUCCAGGAGGAGGUGGAGGGGGAGGAGUUACUAAUGGAGCUUUAGUUGUUAAAAAACCACCAUCUAAAGACCGUCAUAGCAAGGUUGAUGGUCGUGGAAGAAGGAUUCGGAUGCCGAUCAUUUGUGCUGCUAGAGUUUUUCAGUUGACUCGUGAAUUGGGUCAUAAGUCUGACGGACAAACUAUUGAAUGGCUUCUUCGUCAAGCUGAGCCUUCGAUUAUUGCUGCUACUGGGACUGGAACUACUCCUGCUAGUUUUUCUACUGUUUCUGUUUCGGUUCGUGCUGGUGGGAAUUCAAAUUCUAUAUCUUCGCUUUCGAGCAAUAAUGUUCAUUCUGUAGGUUCUUUGGAGCACAAGCCUUUGUUAGGGCCUGCUCCGUUUAUUCUAGGAAAAAGGAUGCGGCCGGAGGAGGAUGGUAAUGGUGGUGGGAAGGAUGAUGGUGGGGUUUCUGUGGGCGCCACUAUUGGGUCGUUAAUGGGGUCCACAGCAACAGCAGCAGCCGGGCCUGGUGGGUUCUGGGCUUUGCCUGCAAGGCCGGAUUUUUGGGGGUUUGCCGCUGCUGGACCGCCGGAAAUGGUUGUGCAGCCAACGGCGGUGCAACAGUCUUCGCUGUUUAUGCACCAGCAGCAUGCUGCGGCGGCUGCUGCUGCUAUGGGAGAAGCGUCGGCUGCUAGAGUGGGGAAUUAUCUACCUGGUCAUUUGAAUUUGUUAGCUUCAUUGUCGAGUGGGCCUGGGAGUUCAGGACGGAGAGAGGAUGAUCAGCGUUGA